UGUGUAAAUGACCGUAAAUUAUUAUUAAAACCUUGCUUACGGUCGCAGCUUGUUGAUAAACCAGUACCAUUAUGACUCCCGCAAGAGGUGGUCGGCUUGGUUGAUUUGUGGUUAGGGAAAUACGCCCAAGUUUAUUAUAUUAUGUCUGUGAUAAAAAUCAAUAUAACAUAGUGAUUUUUGAAUUAUAGAAAAUUAGCUAGUUUGUGGUUAAUAAUUAUACGAAAUAAGAGACGAGACGGAUCUUUUUUCACCUUGAACCCAAGUUUUUUAUUAUCAAGUGGUUUUCCUCGUAGGUACUACAAGUGGUCAACAUGUAUUCAAGAUUUUAUUUUAUACUUUUUGUUGUUCCUAUCAUUUACACAGCAUCAGCGUCUGUUCCACAUAUAGAUCAAGAUAUACUCGAGGAUAUCUUCGGGCCAGUAAAGUAUGUAGGUUCUGCAUCUACCAUCUCCCAAGUCAACCAGGCCGUAGCUGUCACGCCUGCAAAUGACUCUGUGGUGGAACUGCAGGAAAUUGAGGAUAAUGAUCACUAUUCCCCACCAGCUAUCGAUUACGAUAUAUUUGAUUGGGCACUCACAAAGCGAGUGGCGUCAUCGUCAAGCAAGAAUUUCCUGAUCUCACCAUUAGGGUUAAAGCUGGCGUUAGCAAUCCUCACAGAGGCUGCGACAGGCCCUACACGCACCGAAUUAACUGCGGUGUUAAAUUUCGAAUUAGACAAAAACGUCACUAGACAUAGAUAUUCGUCUAUAGUUGGAUCUUUAAAGACCUCUUCAACUGACUAUAUUCUCAAUUUGGGUAACCGGAUCUACUUAGAACAAAGUAUAGUGCCGAAACAACGGUUUGCUGCCGCCGCUGAGCAGUUCUAUGAUACUCACUUGAAACGGCUCGACUUUAGUGAACCAAUUGCAGCCUCUAAGGAGAUAAACGAUUGGGUUUCCAGUGUUACACAUGGCAGGAUAACUAAUUUAGUGGACCACGACGAUCUCUCCAAUGCUGUAAUACUUAUUCUGAAUACGCUAUUCUUCAAAGGAACCUGGAGAUACCAGUUCUCGCCAAAUGCGACAAAACCCGGUACCUUCUAUGUGUCUCCCAAUGAGCCUAAAGAAGUACCAAUGAUGAGAAUCAAAGAACGAUUCUAUUAUGUUGAAACAACAAAGUUUGAUGCCAAAAUAUUGAGGAUGCCUUAUUUGGGCAAAAAAUUCGCAAUGUACAUCGUGGUACCAAACUCUCUAACCGGAUUGGCCAAUGUGCUGAACGGGCUGAGUGACUUGCAAACCGAGAUGGACUUUUUGAAGGAACGUAUGGUCAAUGUGAUUCUUCCCAGAUUCAAUUUCGACUAUACCUCUACUUUGGAUGAAGUGUUGAAAGAGAUGGGAAUAAGACUGUUAUUCGAAGACACAGCUAAUCUUUCCGGCAUUUCACGAGGACAAGGUCUGAAGCAGCGACUGAAAGUGUCCAGAGUCCUCCAGCGGUCUGGUAUUGAAGUGAACGAACUUGGAAGCGUUGCUUAUUCCGCUACGGAGAUAUCGCUGGUGAAUAAGUUCGGUGAAGACGAUGAUGUCACCGAGGAAGUGUUGGCGAACAAACCGUUCUUAUUCUUCAUCCAAGACGAAGGGACGCGGCAACUGCUCUUCACUGGGAGAGUCACAGAUCCCCUAAUCCUUGAUGGUUGCUGUAGAACCUCAUUGAGGUCAUGUUUUUAUCAGCAACAAGCAGCUCCUAUUGCCAACUUUCUAUGUUUCGUCUCCAUUAAAAUAAGACGGAAAAUGUUGUAUCAACCAUUCAUUCAGUUCUUUCAAAGAUCAUCGUUCUUAUUGGCUGUUAAAAUUAGAUAUCGUUCAUUCAUUCUUGUUGGAUUUUCCAUCGUCAUUAUUUUUAUCACACUACAAUGUCUAAGAUUCACAAACGGACAAAGGUCCGACUUGGCACGUCUAAACUUCUUUGACAUAGACCUUCUCCGUUACUCUGCUGAAGAUAGAAAAGGAAACGUGAUAUUCUCUCCUGCCAGUAUUAAGUCUACUUUAGCCAUGGUACUGGAAGGAGCAAAGGGUGCAACAGCGACCGAAAUAAGGAAUGCAUUGAGGUUGUCAUCCAUUAAAGUAGAUUUUAGAAACCAACUGUAUUCAUAUUUGAAAGCGUUACAGUCAAAUUCUUCAGACGUCACAUUAACUAAUGCUAAUUCAGUAUUUGUAUCGGAUAAAUUGAAUUUAACAAAGGAGUACGAACAUGCAUUGAAAUAUGUAUAUCUUUCUGAUAUUCAUAAAAUAAGCUUUUCGGACCCCAUUUUAGCUUCAAAGUUCAUUAACAAUUGGGUCAGAAAUAAUACAAAGGGACUGAUACCGUCUAUAGUAGAACCUGUGAAUCUCGAGCCCUCAUCUCAGAUAUUAAUUACAAACGCACUAUACUUCAAAAGCAUUUGGAAACAUGCAUUUGAUAGGACACUGACACGUGGAAUGUGCUUUUACGAGAGUGAGACAUGCAAAACUGUGGCCAUGAUGGAUCUGCAGGCUGAACUUAACUAUGCCUAUGUUGAUAAUUUGAGAGCCCAUGCAGUUGAGUUACCCUACAUGGGAGAAAGAUAUUCUAUGAUACUUUUGGUACCACAAGAUCGUCAAGGCGCCAUACCAUUAAUAAGAGACCUGCCAUAUAUGAGUCUCAGUGACAUUUGCAAGGCAAUGGCACCUACAGAUGUUCAACUCUUCAUGCCAAAGUUCACCAUAGACUAUAGCGAAGAUAUGAUCAGUGCUCUGCGUGGUAUGCGUAUCGUCGAUUUAUUCUCCAAAAAGUCUAAUCUAACGGGAAUGUUCGUGAAAGAGUCUCCACAAAUAAAUGGAUUCGUCCAUAAGGUACACAUAAGCGUGGAUGAAACGGGAACCAUAGCGGCUGCUGCGUCUUCAGCCUUCGUUGUACCGUUAAUAUCUGAUGGCAUACAACUCAGGGUGGACAGGCCUUUUCUGUUCUUUAUAAAGGACAAUAAUUUGGGCAUCGUGCUUUUUGAAGGAAAGGUCGAUGAUCCGAUACCUUAUGUUGCUCCUAAUCAUGCGGCGCCAGAGCCUGCCAAAGAUAUCAAAUUAAAUGGUACUAAAAAUAAUCAAAUCCUUAAAUUAAAGAGAUAUACCUGAAUAAUUAGUACAAACACAGUUAAAUAGUGGUUUUGUAUUGUAUGAGUAUUUUAUAGAAGUGAUACGGUGAAGUAAAUAAUAUUAU